CUCGUGCUUCGACGAGAAACUACGUGACGUCAUCAUGAAACCCACUUGCCAAGAAUGUAACCUUGGAAUUAUCUGAAUUAAGCCCCUGUUUGAUGUACUAAAGUCUUAUUUUAUUGUAUCUGAGAAUAGCAUUGUUAUAUAAUUCAAUCUCAAUAGUCGAAAAGGUCCUUUCCCCGUCUCAGUGUAGAAUGUCUCGACAUGAGGGGGUCAGCUGUGAUUCUUGUUUAAAAGGAAAUUUUCGAGGACGUCGCUACAAAUGUCUAGUAUGCUACGACUAUGACCUGUGCUCAACUUGUUAUGAGGCUGGCGCUACGACAACCAGACACACAGCUGACCACCCAAUGCAAUGUAUCCUCACCAGGAAUGACUUUGACUUAUACUAUGGAGGAGAAGCUCUCACUGCAGAACAACCUCAGUCUUUCACUUGUCCUUACUGUGGGAAGAUGGGCUACACUGAUGCCACAUUACAUGACCACGUCACCGCAGAACACGGAGAAUCUUCCACAGAAGUGGUUUGUCCCAUCUGUGCAUCACACCCAGGAGGAGAUCCUAAUUGUGUUACUGACGAUUUCGCGGAACAUCUCUCAAUACAACAUAGAACACCAAGAGAAUUCGAUGAACCUGCAGGAAUUCGACAUGUUCGUAGAAUCCCACACCCAGGACGGGGUGUCAGUGGCACGAGAACGAGACGAGCCAACAUGCACUUCUCGUCGGGAGGGUCCGCACUGUCAGGCUUGUCCCCGGGAACACGUGAUACCAUGGAUCCUAUCGCAGAGUUAUUGUCUCAGCUGUCCAGUGUUCGAAGUCGGGCUGCAGCAGCACAGAACGUGUCAUCACAGUUACAACAGCUGGAGAUGCAACUGCAAUCCACUAGUUUGGAGAGCUCACAACACUCUUCUCUACCCUACAGACAACAACUGGAGAGGCUGCCAAAUCGUCGCCAGGCCGAGUCUAAUAAAAGUAAUGUGACAAAUUCAGCGAAUUCAGGGAGCUCGACAGAUGCCCAGAAUGGACAAGCCCAGGCUAACGGUAGCAGUGCCACCAAGUCAAACUCUCCUUAUUUGUUAGUCAGGUGCAUGGAAAAUGAUGAAAACACUGGUAAGAGUGUAGGUCAGGAGACCUAUGAUAGAAGCAUAUUUGUGCAAGAACUUUUGUUGUCAACACUGACAGAGCAACUACACGUGUUAGAGGAAGCAUCAGUCUGUUUAGAGGAUGAGGCUCCCCGAUUGUCUCCCCCUUGUAGUGAGGCCAGAGAGAGCAUGUCACCAUCAAAUUUUACCACACAGAACAAAGUUCCCACUACAAAGCCAUCUCCAUCAGAGAAGAGUAGUUCUACAACAGUGGCCAAGACACAGCCGGCAGGCGGAGGAGGUGGUGGGGGUGUUCACGGAUCACCAAUGUCAAGCUCUCGCGGGGGCUCAUCUCAAGGAGCAACCCCGGUACGACAAGGUCACAGUUCACAUGGAGGAGUAUCAAUGUAUAAUUCACACCCGGGGGGUAACCCAAUGUCUGCAUUAGCAGGAGCCAGCAUGGGGUCAGGUAACCCUGUACCCCUGCCAGGGCGACCCCUGUCGGGCGGUCGAGAGAGAGACAAUAGAAUGAAUCCAGCUGCUGUCAAGAAAACGAUGUUUAAGCCAAUGCCAACAUCUCAAAUGUCAGAUCGUGAACCCCCUCCUCACUGAGGCAAGCAGUGGAGGCUGAACAUUAUUCAGAAUAACUUUAUCCAAAAGACAAUGGAUACGUGUUAGUAUAAAUAAUAUUUAUUGCUUGUAACUAAAGUUUUUCUUGUUUCAUUGACCUAUUAAUUCAUGGAAAUUUUUUAGUGUUUAAUUGUCGCUUAAUUCGACAAGUAUUAUACGCUAAGUUGUGUAUGGAACUGUUUAUAGUAGCAAGUGGUGUUUCAUUUGCUACAGUGGUUUUUUUUUCUUAAAUCUGUACAAUUUCUUAUAUCAUGAGAAUUUAUCUUGUUCCCCGAUAUUGGAAUUGCCUAUCCGCUGUGAUAUAUAGUAUGUGCUAUCCAUUUAUGCUACAUGUAGGAAUCCAGUACUACAAGGCCAUUCCAAACUUAUGUUUGUUUUUCAAGUAGCAAGAAAGAGACAAGUAUGAGAUUGUAAACCCCAACCAUCAGUAUAUUUGUGCUCUGCAGAAGAACUUUAUUUUCAAGUUUUUUAUUUUCUCAUUUUUGAAAUGAAACUGUCAGAAUUAUAACUGCUAUGUGUUCUAUGACGUGGUAGAUUUUAUAAUAAUUUUGACUCUCUUCUUUUCAAAGCAUAGUUUAUGUACCUGAAAGUACACAUAUUGCUUGAAUAUUGUUUCCCAACAUUAUGCAAGAAGUAUAGGGGAUUUUAAAAAGGGAAUUAAAUGCAAGUAUAAUACCUGACAACCAGUCAAAAAAGUUUUCCGAGGUUGAUGAUUUCCUUACAUUGAACAUGGUGGCAAUAUAGCCUAGAGCUACAAAAUUGUUGUUUAUAUGUGUACUACUUGCACAGUUUCUUGCUUUGAAGGACGACUUUCCCUAUUUUAUGUUUUCUUCAAUAUUACAUGAGAGUACAUGUGUACAUCUUUGAAGUGGCAUGAUUGAAAUCAACCACUUGUAUAUGUAAACAGAGAAGAUGAUCUAUAUAUAUAUCAAAUGUCGUUUUGAUAUUUUAUGAAGACCCUAGAAAUGUUCCAAGUUGAUAUAAUUAUCUGUUGGGGGAAAAAAUCAAAAUAAUCAUCAGUAAGAGAUAAUAGAUUGAUUUCAGCAUACACAAUAUACACUGUACAUGUAUGUGUGUGUAGGUCAUUGUUGCCUGUGAUUUAUAAUCUUACUGUGUAUGGUCAUCAUACAAAAUGGAGAACAGUUAUUGUACCUAUAACCCAUGUUGUUGCUUAGUUUUCUCACAUGGACACGCUUUGUCGACAACCAAGUGUAUGGAAUACGUACACCAAAGAAUAGGGAAACGUAACAAGUAUACACAAACCAAGGAAUAGGGAAACGUGGGUGUACGUAACGCGUAUACUAAGGAAUACAGCAAAGUAACAAAUGUCUGUAAUAGUACGAAAAGUAAUAGACGUAAUACGUACACUGAUGCAUAGGAGAAAGUAAGUGUGUGUAAUACGCACUUCGAGGACUAGGGAAAAGUAAAUCGGACAUGGAAAUCUAGCUGUGAUGUGCGGUGACAUCAACAGAAGGCGAAAACCAUGGCUUCAAAACUAGUGUGAUCUUUUAUCAAAAUAAUUCUGAAAUGUUUGUUCCUAUCUGACUAGGAUUAUCUACAGAGCACAGAUGUUUUUUAAUGAAAAUUGGCCAUCAGGAAUCUGUUCUGUUUGUGUACUGUAGAAUGAUUGCAUGUUGUCUUGCAUUGGGGAAUAGUAUGGUUACAGUGAGCACAAAUCUUGUGUCUGGGUCAAUAGUCCGUUAUGUAAGUAAGUGAGUGAGAAGUUCAUUUGAAAUGGAAUAAAUUCCUAAUGUAAAAUUAA